CGUAUUCCCUUUCUCACCACUUCGGUGCUCCGUUUAGGCUUCAAUUCCGUACCAAUGAUCAUCAGGCUAACGGAGUCUGUAAGAUCGAGCGAAUCGACGGCCAAACAAGCCGACUGCAGAUCUCAGACAAAUUUCUAGCCACUGCCCCACAGAUGUCUAAUAACAAUAAUGAUGUGGAGAAUCCAAGAUUUGGUGCCGGCCAGAAAGGUGCAGUUGCUCGUACUCCCUCUGGUGAAAUCCAAACAAACUGGUACAGUGGCCUACUCCAGCAAGCCUCAGUCUAUGGUAUAGCUGCCGGUUACUGCCUAUCUGCAUCUUUGCUUUCCAUCAUCAACAAAUGGGCGGUGAUGAAAUUUCCUUAUCCCGGGGCAUUAACUGCUUUACAGUACUUCACAAGCGCAGCUGGGGUCCUCAUUUGUGAAUGGCUUAAUUUCAUUGAGCGUGACAGGCUUGACCUUUUAACCAUGUGGCGCUUCUUGCCUGCAGCAAUUAUAUUCUACCUCUCUCUUUUCACCAACAGUGAGCUUCUUCUCCAUGCCAAUGUUGACACAUUCAUUGUCUUCCGUUCAGCAGUUCCCAUAUUUGUUGCAAUAGGAGAGACCCUCUUCUUGCACCAGCCAUGGCCAUCAAUUAGAACAUGGAUCUCACUUGUCACUAUCUUUGGAGGAAGCGUGCUUUAUGUGCUAACAGAUUACCAGUUCACAGUCAUGGCUUAUAGCUGGGCCCUAGCUUACCUGGUAAGUAUGUCCAUAGAUUUUGUUUACAUAAAGCAUGUAGUCAUGACCAUCGGUUUGAAUACAUGGGGUCUCGUAUUGUACAACAAUCUUGAGGCUCUCCUCCUGUUUCCUUUGGAGCUGCUUAUAAUGGGCGAAUUGAAGAAGAUAAAGCAUGAAAUCACGGAUGAGUCAGAUUGGUACUCUUUCCAGGUGGUUUUGCCAGUGGGGUUAUCAUGUUUGUUUGGUUUAUCAAUCUCUUUCUUCGGGUUUUCUUGCCGGAGGGCAAUUUCUGCAACCGGGUUUACUGUUCUUGGUAUAGUGAACAAGCUAUUAACGGUUGUGAUUAAUUUGGUCAUUUGGGACAAGCAUUCGACAUUUGUGGGAACAGCGGGGCUUUUGAUUUGUAUGCUUGGUGGGGUUAUGUAUCAGCAGUCUACAAGCAAAAAGCCUAAAGAUGCAAAAGAAGUAAAUGCACAAGAGACUGACGGGGAACAAGAAAAGUUACUUGAAAUGCAAUGCAACACAGUAAGUAACGGCAAUCAGAAGGAAGUUGUUGAAUCAGAAGUGGGGAGAUGAAAGGGGUUCUGUAAACCAGCAUGUUUAAAUUCUUAUUGCUGUAAAUUCAUUUAUUAGGUCCAGGCUCCAGCUUUGGUGAUUGGCAAAUUCUCGAGGGUGGCAACUUCUCAUCUGAUCAACCUUGAAGGUUCAUUUCUGAAAGAAUACUACUGUCAGAAUGCAAGUUAAGGAUAGGUUCAGACAUGACUGACCGGGUUGAAUUGGCUCUUUGUUUGAUCCGUACUUAUUUUCAUCUAUAAUGGAACUGAUUAUUUCAGUGGACCUGUUCGGCAUCACCAUUUUGACCUAGAAUAUCUGGUCAGAUCUAAUCUAACACUUGCAUUCUUUUCAUUGUAGUCCCAGUUGUAAUAUUGCCUUUGAUUUUGAUAUCGAUGCAUUCUAGAAUGCAUCCAUCAGAUAGAGUGAGCAUGGUUCAAUUUAGCGAAUGCUAAACUUCUCGUGGAUCUUGAAAUCCAAAUCUAUCGGAUGUUAAUCAAUAAUGAUCAUUCAUUGUUUUAUACUUAUCAGAACUGGUCU